AGGCCGUGGCCACGGGCUUCCGGAGCGCUGCUCGCCGCCGCCGCGGCUGCCGGGGACUCGGGGACUCCGGAGGCCGCUGGAGCCGGUCUGGGCCGGACCCCCGGAGGCGCGGCUGCAGCCCCGGCCCCGCCCGCCGCACCUGGAGUCAGGCUCGGAGAGGCGGGGCGGGGCCGCAGGCUGGCCGGCCGCCCGUGCUGCUCGCUGGAGCCGCCGGACCGGAGCGAGGCGUGGGGGAGGGUCUCCAGGCCGAGGCCGCGGCUCCGGGGAGAGACCCCGGCGGGGGAGGAGCCGGUCCCCGGGAGCGCAGGGGCGGCGGCGCGGGCAUGGAGCGGGCGAGCCCCGGCUGCGCGCGGCCGCGGCACCACGACGCGGUGGAAGCGUGGCUGGACGAUCACCGGGACUUCGCCUUCUCGUACUUUGUCAGGAAAGCCACCAGAGAGAUGGUCAACGCCUGGUUCGCUGAGCGAGUCCACACCAUCCCCGUCGGCAAGGAAGGCGCCCGCGGCCGCGCGGAGUCCUGCCCGUGCCCCCCGCAGCACAGCCCCCGCGCCGAGGGCAGCGCCCCGGGCACCCCCACCCGCAAAAUCUCCGCCUCGGAGUUCGACCGGCCGCUCCGGCCCAUCGUGGUGAAGGACUCGGAGGGUGCGGUCAGCUUCCUCUCGGACGCGGACAAGCAGCAGCAGAUGCCGCUCACGCCCCGCCGGUUCGACCGCGACGACGGGGACCAGUGCGCCCGGCUGCUGGACCUGGUGAAGGACAUCGCCAGCCACCUGGAUGUCACCGCCCUGUGCCACAAGAUUUUCCUGCACAUCCACGGCCUCAUCGCCGCCGACCGCUACUCGCUGUUCCUCGUCUGCGAGGACAGCUCCAACGACAAGUUCCUGGUCAGCCGCCUCUUCGACGUGGCCGAGGGCUCCACCCUGGAGGAGGCGUCCAGCAGCUGCAUCCGCCUGGAGUGGAACAAGGGCAUCGUGGGGCACGUGGCCGCCCGGGGCGAGCCCCUCAACAUCAAGGACGCCUACGAGGACCCUCGCUUCAACGCAGAGGUUGACCAGAUCACCGGCUACCGGACACAGAGCAUCCUCUGUAUGCCGAUUAAGAACCACCGCGAAGAGGUUGUCGGCGUCGCCCAGGCCAUCAACAAGAAGUCGGGAAACGGCGGGACAUUCACUGAGAAAGAUGAGAAGGACUUCGCCGCGUACUUGGCAUUUUGUGGGAUUGUUCUUCACAACGCACAGCUCUACGAGACAUCGCUGCUGGAGAACAAGAGGAAUCAGGUGCUGCUUGACCUGGCCAGCCUGAUUUUUGAAGAGCAGCAAUCCUUGGAGGUCAUUCUGAAGAAGAUCGCUGCCACGAUUAUCUCCUUCAUGCAGGUGCAGAAGUGCACCAUCUUCAUCGUGGAUGGAGACUGCUCCGAUUCCUUUUCCAGCGUGUUCCACAUGGAGUGUGAGGAGCUGGAGCGAUCAUCCGACACUGUGACAAGGGACCGGAAUGGGAGCCAGAUCAACUACAUGUACGCUCAGUACGUCGCCAGCACCAUGGAGGCGCUCAACAUCCCCGACGUCAGCAAGGACAGCAGAUUCCCCUGGGCGAAUGAAAACAUGGGGAACGUAAGCCAGCAGGGCAUUCGAAGUUUGCUUUGUACGCCUAUAAAAAAUGGAAAGAAGAAUAAAGUGAUAGGGGUUUGCCAGCUCGUGAACAAGAUGGAGGAGAACACCGGCAAGGUGAAGCCAUUCAACCGGAACGAUGAGCAGUUCCUGGAAGCUUUCGUAAUCUUCUGUGGCCUGGGGAUCCAGAACACACAGAUGUAUGAGGCGGUGGAGAGGGCCAUGGCCAAGCAGAUGGUCACGUUGGAGGUCCUGUCCUACCACGCCUCGGCCGCGGAGGAGGAGACCCGGGAGCUGCAGGCCUUAGCGGCGGCCGUGGUGCCCUCUGCCCAGACCCUGCGGAUCACCGACUUCGCCUUCAGCGACUUCGAGCUGUCGGACCUGGAAACUGCGCUGUGCACCAUCCGGAUGUUCACCGACCUCAACCUGGUGCAGAACUUCCAGAUGAAGCAUGAGGUCCUCUGCCGGUGGAUCCUGAGUGUGAAGAAGAAUUACCGGAAGAACGUGGCCUACCACAACUGGAGACACGCCUUCAACACGGCGCAGUGCAUGUUCGCCGCCCUGAAGGCAGGCAAGAUCCAGAGCAAGCUGUCGGACCUGGAGGUGCUGGCCCUGCUGGUCGCCGCCCUGAGCCAUGACCUGGAUCACCGCGGCGUGAACAACUCCUACAUUCAGCGGAGCGAACACCCGCUGGCCCAACUGUACUGCCACUCGACCCUGGAGCACCACCACUUCGACCAGUGCCUGAUGGUCCUCAAUAGCCCGGGGAACCAGAUCCUCAGUGGCCUCUCCAUCGAAGAGUAUAAGACCGCGUUGAAGAUCAUCAAGCAGGCGAUUCUGGCCACAGACCUGGCCCUGUACAUUAAGUCAACGCUCGACCACUGAGCCACGCCGGCCAGCCCAUCUCACUUUCAUGAAGUUGUGUUUAGGAAUG